ACAAAUUGUAGAUUUGCGCACCAACAGACCAAGUCAAAAUUGAUUUAGUGAGGUUAGGAUUGGUUACUGUUGGUUACUUUCUUCAGAUAAACUUAAUAGCGUUUUAUUUGUAUUCAUUGUAAAUUGUGUGAAAGAUACAAUAUAUGAAUAGAAUUUAAUAAGAAAUGUAGUUAUUCCUGCUUGAUAGAAUUCUGUUUAAUUAGUAGUGUUUACCAUUAUAUUGAAUAAUAACAUAUCUGAGUGUUGAAAUUCAACAUGAGCAAAUCAAGAGACAAGAAGAAAAGAUAUGAGGACAGCUCAGAUUCUGAUAGUGCUGAGGAGGCAAGGAAAAAAGAUUUAAAGGAGAGAGAUGAGUUUGCCAAUAGAUUAAAGCAAAAGGAUGCAAACCGUACAAGGAAUAUUGUUGCUGCUUCUGAAAAGAAAGCUUAUGAAGAAGCAGCAAAACGUCUCAAAAUUGAAGCAGAGGAUAGAGAUAAAAUGGUACCCAUGCUUAGGAUCCAUUCUCGUAGGAAAUACUUGGAGAAACGUAAAGAUGAUAAAUUGCAAGAACUCGAAGCUGACAUUCAAGAUGAUGAAUUCCUAUUUGAAAAUGACAUUUUGACAGAGAGAGAACGUAAAGAGAGACAACACAAAAAGGAAUUAUUAAAGCUAGCUCAGGAACAUGAGAAAGCUAGAGAGUUGGAAAGAGUUCAAAGGUACCAUAUGCCCAGUGAUGCUGGUAAAAGCAGUGAAUAUGUUGAAGUUGAUGAAUUGGAAAAUAUGCCUCAGUCUGAGCAAAAGAAAUGGGAAAAAGAACAAAUGGCUUCAGCUGUAUAUUCAUUUGGGGCAAAGGAAAAGGCUAAACGAGAUGAAUAUGAAUUGCUAUUAGCCAAUCAGAUUGACUUUAUUCAAGCUCUCAAACUACCAGGAUCAAAAGAUAAAGAGGAUAAGAAACCUGAAUUAACUGAAAGUGAAAGAAAAAAAUUGGAUAUUCAAGAAACUAAGAAGAGUUUGCCUGUGUUUCCUUUUAGAGAUGAUUUAAUACAAGCUGUGAGAGAUCACCAAGUGUUGAUUAUUGAAGGCGAAACAGGUUCAGGGAAAACCACGCAGAUUCCGCAGUAUUUACAUGAAGCUGGAUUUACAGAUGAUAAUAAGAAGAUUGGGUGCACGCAACCGCGACGUGUAGCCGCAAUGUCUGUGGCAGCAAGAGUUGCACAAGAAAUGAACGUCAAGUUGGGAAAUGAGGUGGGAUACGCUAUACGUUUCGAAGAUUGUACAUCGGAGAGAACCAUCAUCAAAUAUAUGACUGAUGGUACGUUACAUCGAGAAUUUUUAUCAGAACCAGAUUUACAAUCGUACAGUGUAAUGAUAAUUGAUGAAGCCCACGAGAGAACAUUGCACACCGAUAUUUUGUUCGGGCUUGUUAAAGAUAUCGCACGUUUCAGACCAAAUUUGAAAUUGCUUAUAUCUAGCGCUACUUUGGAUGCGCAAAAGUUUUCCGAAUUUUUCGAUGACGCUCCAAUAUUUAGAAUUCCGGGUAGAAGAUUUCCUGUAGAUAUAUAUUAUACCAAGGCCCCUGAAGCGAACUACGUUGAUGCUUGCGUAGUUUCGGUGUUGCAGAUUCAUGCAACACAACCGUUGGGUGAUAUAUUGGUAUUCUUAACGGGUCAAGAAGAAAUUGAAACGUGCCAGGAAUUGCUGCAGGACAGAGUACGGAGAUUAGGAUCGAAAUUGAAGGAGUUAAUAAUAUUGCCCGUGUACGCUAAUUUACCUAGCGACAUGCAAGCAAAAAUAUUUGAUCCCACACCACCAGGCGCAAGGAAAGUGGUAUUGGCCACUAACAUAGCCGAAACAUCUUUGACGAUCGAUAAUAUCAUUUACGUUAUUGAUCCUGGCUUUGCCAAGCAGAAUCACUUUAAUUCUCGAACCGGUAUGGAGAGCUUGAUUGUUGUACCCGUAUCGAAAGCGUCUGCAAAUCAGAGAGCUGGACGAGCUGGCAGAGUCGCUCCCGGAAAGUGUUUCAGGUUGUACACUCUUUGGUCAUACAAACACGAACUAGAGGACAAUACGGUGCCCGAAAUACAAAGAAUUAAUUUGGGCAAUGCCGUGCUGAUGUUGAAAGCUUUGGGUAUAAAUAAUUUAAUGAAAUUCGAUUUCUUGGAUCCACCGCCAAGAGAAACUAUGGUCUUGGCAUUGGAACAACUGUACGCAUUAGGGGCAUUCAAUCAUCGUGGAGAAUUAACAGCUUUAGGAAGAAGAAUGGCUGAAUUUCCAGUGGAUCCUAUGAUGGCUAAAAUGUUGUUGGCUUCAGACAAGUAUAAAUGUUCCGAAGAGGCUGUUUCUAUAGCUGCAAUGUUAUCUGUAAAUGGAGCCAUUUUCUAUAGACCCAAGGAUAAAAUUAUCCAUGCAGACACAGCCAGGAAAAAUUUCAAUCAUGUUGGUGGAGACCAUUUAACUUUGUUAAAUGUUUAUAAUCAAUGGCGCGACUCUGAUUAUUCAACACAAUGGUGUUAUGAAAAUUUUAUUCAGUAUCGAUCCAUGAAGAGGGCAAGAGAUGUUAGGGAGCAAUUAGUUGGUCUUAUGCAAAGGGUAGAAAUUGAGAUGGUGUCAAACGUAUCCGAAGUGGAUAACAUAAAGAAGUCAAUAAUAUCAGGAUAUUUUUACCACGUUGCGAGACUAUCGAAAAGUGGUAGUUAUAAAACUGUUAAACAGAAUCAGAGUGUCACCAUUCAUCCCAGCAGUGCUCUCUUUGAGGACUUGCCUAGGUGGUUGUUGUACCACGAUCUGGUAUACACCACGAAAGAGUAUAUGCGCGUUGUAAUGGAGAUCCAAAGCAAAUGGUUGUUGGAGGCUGCACCUCAUUAUUACAAACCCAAGGAAUUGGAAGAUUCGACGAAUAAGAAGAUGCCUAAGACUGUUGGCAGAAGUACAAGAACCGAUUGAAAUAAAUCUUUAUAUUGUUUUCCGUGUACAUACAUUAUUCUUAUAUGAUAGGAAUAUUUAUUGAACCUACUUUGAUUGGACGAAUUCGUCACGUCUUUACACGCAUCCUACAUAUUAAAAGUAAAAUGCUCUAUCAUAAUAAAUGUAAAACAUUAAAC